AUGGCGACAUUAACAGAAGCCGAGAAGCGCGAAAUCGGCCAGCAUUUUGUCUUCGGGUUCCAUGGCCACGAAGCCAGUGAUGACAUUAAGACGCUUAUUAGGGAUUACUACCUCGGGAAUGUCAUUCUCUUCAAGCGGAAUGUUCAGAGCAUGGCACAGGUCCAUCACCUCACUGCUGAGCUUCAGACGCUUGCCAAGGAGGCGGGACAUGGCCGACCCCUGUUGAUUGGUAUCGAUCAGGAGAAUGGUCUGGUUUCGGCAUUCAGUAUCCCAGAUGCCGGCACCCAGUUUCCGGGAGCUAUGGCAUUGGCUGCCACUGGUUCCCCUGAGAUUGCUGGAGAAGUAUCUACAGCCACUGGAAAGGAACUGAAAGCGGCUGGAAUCAAUUGGGUAUAUAGUCCUGUGGCGGACGUGAACUCUGAUCCCAGGAACCCAGUCAUUGGGGUACGCUCCUACAGUGAUGCUCCCGAGACUGCCUCCCGCUACGUCACUGCAGUGAGCAACGCAUUCACUGCCCAAAAUGUUGCGCCCUCCGCAAAGCAUUUCCCAGGACAUGGCAAUACGCAUGUCGACUCGCAUUUAAGCCUCCCGCGCAUACUCGUCGAUAAAGCGUCAUUAUUUUCGACAGAACUCGUCCCCUUCAGGGCGCUCAUACGGGACGACAUUGGGAGCAUCAUGACGGGACACAUGGCGUUGCCUAACAUAACGGGCGACGACGUGCCGUGCUCCCUAUCUCGUGCGAUUACGACAGACCUCUUACGCGGCGAGCUCGGAUACAAUGGGGUAGUUGUGACGGACUGUCUGGAGAUGGAGGCCGUCGCCGAGACGUACGGCUCUGAAGGUGGGGCGGUGCUCUCCCUCCAGGCGGGUGCGGACAUCGUCAUGAUCUGCCACACCUACAAUCGCCACGUCGGUGCGAUCGAAGCAACGUACACUGCGGUGAAAGAGGGUAAGCUCGGCCUAGACGAGCUGAAAGCCAGCGGGAGGCGCAUUGCGGCGCUCAAGGAUAGAGUCGCGGGUUCUUGGGACGACGUCUUCACCUCUUUCCAUGCCGAGCAGGUGAACGCACUGAAGAAGGAGCAUCAACUGCUGAGCCUUCGCGCAUAUGCUGCAUCGAUCUCGCACAUUCCCAAUUCUAGGCCGUUCGUACCGCUGUCGACCGUUGGCACAGCGAUCCUGUUCACCCCGCGGAUGGAAUCUCUGAACCGCGCGAUUGACGAUGCGGAGAGCCAGCUCCGGGAUGCCUCAGGGCGCAUCCGAAACACCGCAGGCCCCUCCUUCUCUGCGUUCGCAAAGUCCAUCGCGGCACGCGUGACCGAUGUCGAACAUGUCGUUUACGCCCCGGACGACGAGAUACCCCCACCUCUCGCAGGGAAACUGCGUGGGGCCGGGUCGAUCAUCUUCGCAACCCGCAAUGGAUACGAGAAAGGCGCGUGGCAGGUCGCCUUCUUUGCGAAGGUUCUGGAGGUCGCAGGGUCUGGCGAGCGUGGGUUAGGGAGGGUCGUUGCUGUGUCGACUUGCGGGCCGUACGACCUUCUGGCGCUAGGGCAGAUCGCGGUGCCUGCUAUUGCGACGUACGAGUUCACUGUGCCCGCGCUCGAGGCUGCUGCAGCUGCAAUUUAUGGAGAAAGCGCCGUCACGGGCAGGGUUCCUGUGAACAUGGGCGCAGGGAUUGCUGUUUGA